AUGUAUCCGUCUUCUCGAGAAAAGAGCUGGUUCUCUUCCACCUUUGUUCAGGUUUGCAGGUGCUUCAGAGCCAGGAGGGAUUCCACCUACACCUCUUUUCGCGAAAAUCCUCCACCUUUGCCAUCAACUAAAUCGGCGUUCCUACACCUUGAUGGUACUAAGGUUGUGGAGAGAGUGAUUGGCAUAGGCGGUACAGGCAUCGUCAUUGAGCGAAGACAGUAUGCGCUCAAAAUACCUCGAAUUUUAAGGCCUAUAGAGGUUGACGGGGUGCCUGUGGCUACUGGAAGAUUGACUCCUGAAGAAGGGAACUACGAUGAGCGCCCCGAUCUUAUCCGUUCGAUUCAAGAUGAAAAGGCUAUCUAUCGAAGACUGGGUGACCAUCCCGGGAUUGUACGCUGCUUCAAUCUUUCAUCAGACGACCCUUCGAUCCAGAUGUAUCUUAUGAAGAAUGGAGAUCUUCGACAUUACCUGGCUGAAACGCGACCGGAGAAAUCGAUACAGCUAUCUUGUGAUUUUGGAGAAUCAGUGAUGAUGCCUCUCGAUUGGGACCUGAACGGCUCUGACGACCUUGGUUUUUCAAUCAUGACUGACAUUGGGCAAUUUGGCGCCGUCAUGUUUGAGAUUGUGACUGGCCAAAGGUGCAGGUUCGAUCUCGCGCAGGGACAGAGGGAACCAGGGGACCUGUACACUUGGCCGCGGCGAGACAGCCUUCCCUCAACGACCAAUACAUGGCUAGGUCAUAUCAUUGAGAAAUGCUGGACUCAAGAAAUUACGUCCGCCAAAGACCUCGCCGCAGAGUUGGACGAGGAGAAGGGCAGCGAAGUCGAGUAG